AUGCGUAUAUGGUACAUCGAAAAAUCCCGAGUCCACAAACCAAAAGAAGUCAAGGUUCGGAGCAUGAAUUGGAACUUCCGGAUGGUGGCAGCUGUUCUGAAGAAGAAAGAGGUCAAAGAAGCUCAGGGCAUUCUCUCCACGGAUGGCCGGAUUAAGUUUGGGACUUUUCAAGCAGGCCUGAAUUACGUCUUGGAGAAAAUGGGGGAAGAUGAGAAGGAGGAACUGAAGGAUAUCGCCAUCAAAUGGAAUUCAGAAGGCCCCCCUGCAGAGGAGAAACAAAGACUGUCGGAAAAGUGGGCAAUGAAGUUUUGCUGGACAUUUGCGGAAAAAGCUUGGAAGCAAUUUGGUGGAAGGGUAUAUAUAUUUUGGGGUUCCUGGGAUACAAAUGGAUCUCUCACAGUGUCGAAGUUCGAUUUCAAUGCGGAGUUUGGUCGCGGCACCAGUUAUCGAGAUAUAGCACAUGAGGGGCCCAUGACAGAUGUAACCUGGGGGAAGUAUCUACAGCAAUGUUACGAUGUGGAGGAGAAUCCCUGUACUUUACCUUCCCCGGCUUAA